AGUGGAGAGUCUUAAUAUCUGAGUGUAAAUGUGUACAAACUGGCAUGUGCUGGUGGUGCCUACUUGUCAGGGAGUAUAGUGUGAUUAUAGAAUAAAACAAUUGAUUUUCUACAAACGUAGACCUAUGCCUGGAAAUUAGCUCAUUUAAAUCCUAGAGGGUAGUAAAAGGAGGGGGUAAAGACCAGACAUGAACAACAGAAAGAAAAAUGAAAGAAAAGCAUUUUACUUAAAUUGAGAAAAAGGAAGGAAGUUGAGAAAAAGAGGAAAUGGGGAAAGGUUAAAGAAAGUGUAGAGGAAAUAAUUAGAUUAAGGGGGACGGAGAGACAAUAAAAGGAGAGAAACAGGGACAGAGAAGAGUGGAAGGAAAACAGGAAAGAAUCAGUGACAGAAAGAGCUUGACAGAAGGAGGAGACUGCAAAAUGUUGCUGUGGACUUUAUACUACAUGCUUUUGGCUGCCCAGGAGUCAGUGUCCGAGAAGGCGCAGUGUUACCAGCAUUUCGACGCUCAGCUUGGGAGUUGUAGCCACCUCCUGGGAGAAGCCGAGGUGGACGACUGCUGCCUCAACCCGCGCUUCGGCUACAAAGACUCCGAUGGAGUCUGUCAUUCCUGCCGGCCUGCUAAGUGGACAGAAUGGGGCCCGUGGGGGUCCUGCACCGUAUCCUGCCUGGAAGGGGUUCAGCAGCGCAGGCGGUUCUGCUACGGGCUGGGCACCUGCAAGGACACCCAAAAGGAGGGGAGCCUGGAGACCAGGCCCUGCGAGGAGAAGACCUGCUGCCCUAGGCAGGGAGGCUGGGCAGAGUGGGGGCAGUGGCAGCCAUGCUCAGUGACCUGUGGGACUGGGCAAAAGCUGAGGGAGAGAACGUGCUCGUCACCGCCCCCUGUCUGCGGGGGUAGCUGCAGUGGUCAGAGCAGGGAAUAUGCUUCCUGUGACACCGGAAAGGUCUGCCCAGUCCAUGGUGGCUGGUCAGACUGGGGCGCUUGGGGUGCCUGUGACGCACACUGCACGAGAGAGGGGUCCUCUCCACCCCAACGUCACAGCUUUCGCACCUGUACCAACCCCGCCCCCUCCACCGACCCCCCUGGCCUGCCAUGUCCUGGGUCAGAAAAAAGGUCGGAGCACUGCGUGGGCCUGCCGUACUGUGCCGUGCACGGAGGCUGGGGGCCGUGGGGCGCGUACUCCGAGUGCUCGGUGACCUGCGGCCUAGGACAGAGAGAGAGGACGCGAGCGUGCAACAACCCCGAACCCCGACACGGCGGCCAGCACUGCACCGGAGACCCCGUCUCCAUCGACAUGUGCAACACGCGUGUCCACUGCCCAGUGGAUGGCGAGUGGUCGGAGUGGAGCGAGUGGUCGGAGUGUAAGAGGGCGGGCAAGGACAUCCGGUGCAAGACGUACUCUCCAGGCCGGCAGAGCAGAGAACGCGUCUGUGAGCACAGGGAAUGGAACGGGACUCACUGCCCAGGGUCCAUCCAAGAAAGCAGGCCCUGCUACGACAUUCAGGGAUGCAGGCUGUAUGGUAACUGGAGUGACUGGGGUCCCUGGGGUCUCUGUCAGCCCAACUGUGGACCCCAAGCCCAGAAGACCAGGACCCGAACUUGCGUGUUGGACUAUUCUGAGUACACGACCCUAAAGAUUGGGCCAAACAAGGAGACCGCCCAUUUUGCAGGAAUACCCUUGGCACGAUGUCCGAGAUUGGACGCAAAGGAGAAGACCAGGAGUGAACCCUGUCUCAAUGUUCCCCCCUGCACUUAACAUGAACCCGGCCCCAACAUCCCCCCCGUACCCAACCCUAACCCGAUCCCAACAUCCCCCUGUACCCAACCCUAACCCUGCCCCUAAAUCCCCCCCUGUACCCAACCCUAACCCUGCCCCUAAAUCCCCCUGUACCCAACCCUAACCCUGCCCCUAAAUCCCCCCUGUACCCAACCCUAACCCUGCCCCAACAUCCCCCCUGUACCCAAACCUAACCCUGCCCCAACAUCCCCCCGUACCCAACCCUAACCCUGCCCCAACAUCCCCCCUGUACCCAACCCUAACCCUGC